AUGUCUCGACGUCCUUCUAAGCAUCUGAGGAGCAAAAGCGUCGUGCAGGUCGAUAUUGAUGCACGGUGCGAAAAACCAUCCAACUUCAAUGACUUCUUCUUUGGCCGCAGGCUCAAUUGUCGGAACAUGCUCAGGAGGGGCCCACCUCCACGGGUGGUGCCUGCUAUGGCUUGCCCCUCCGCGCAGAAUGUGUCCGACCUUGUGGUGGAGAAGUGCAGCUGGCAUUGCAAGCAUAAGAGGCCGGUGUCGCGGUGCUUCAUCUCCUUUGAUCCGCGCAACGCGCUUGGCGUACAGCAGAAGCUAGACAAAUGCUGGAUCCAAGAGAAAUGCAUCAACAACCAGAUGAAGGCGAAAACCACUUGCCAAACAGCUCCAUCCUCUUCCACUCCUGCUGUCACAUUGGCGGGAUCAAUGCUUGUCACCGUGACCGAUCCGGUCACAUUCCUGGCCCAGCCCAAUUUGCAGUUCGCAUUGCAGGAUGCCAUCGAACGAAUGGCGCCGGAGAGCGACUUCAGCGAUGUGGCGAUCGAAAUUCCUUCCAGCAAUAGCUUGGCAAACAAGACCAAGAUGGUGAAGGUUGGGUUCAAUGCCUCCGUAAAGGGGAACGAUGAUGAGACCUCCGACGAGAAAGCCUUGGGGGCCGAAAUGGCACUGCAGAAUAUCUCGCACGACGCCUUGGUGGAUGCCGUGAAUGGUGCGCUUUCAUCGGAAGGUUUGACCAACUUGGUGGAGGAUGCAAUGCUGCUCCUGGCACCCUUGAAGUUGAAGGGCCCAAGGUCUGAGGAUUUUGAGAGUCUCGUGGCCAUGAUGCAUCUUUACCAGAAGCAUUUAGAGGAGGUGAGGCUGGAGCUGCAAGAAGUCCAAGAGGAUUUGACCAUCCAGAAUCUCUCACACAAGGACGCCGAAGCGCUUCGUGAAAAGCAUCGCUCCACUCAGAAGCGAUUGUCCAGUAUCAUGGCCUCACAGGAAAAGAUGUCUCAGUACAUCGAGGAUGCUGUCUCAAAGCAUCCAAUUUUGCUGCCACUGCUGCUCUGGAACAGUUUUCAACAGGUUCCCUUUGUAGCCUCACCGCAUGCGGUUUCACAUUGCUUGAUCGCCAACAUGACGACCAACCAUGCCGAAAACGUGGCAGCUGAAGGGGCUGAAGCAAAGGAGGAGGGUCCUGAGGCCCUUCCAAAUGGAGAGGAAAGCCAUGGCAAAGCCGAGGCAGCUCCCCAGAAAGAAGCAGAAGAGGGCCAUACCAUCAACAUGGACAUUGGGGAUCUUCAGAAUGAUGCAGAAGUUCCAAGUUUGCCUCCCAUUUCGCAGGCAUCCCAAGAUCCAGAUCCGGUAGUAGAAACGGCACGUACAGAUGCACCGGAUACACCGAUCUCCCCGGUGGACCACCCGGCCAAGCCGGGGCUACCGGCCUUGGUGCUGCGGAAGGGCGCGGGACGCCGCGCGCGCGACGACGCCCGGCGGCGCAUCAUCGCGGCCCGGGAAGACCUGGAGCGCCGAGUGGCGGAGGCCACGGAGGCACGGCUGAAGCGCCAGGCGGAGGCUGAGGCGGAGGCACGCGCCCGGGCGGAGCAAGCCCAGCAGAGGGCCCGGAGACGGUUGGCUGAGAAAAAGAAGAAGAAGGAAGAAGCUCAAGAAGCUGAGAAGCAUCAAAGAUCACAAAGUAGUGGUGCCGAAUCCCACUCCCCAAGGGAGUUACCUGGGAUCAAGCCGGCCAAGGCCCGGGUGAAGAAGAAGAUUCAGAAACAACGAGAGGAGCAGGAACAGCGCCUACGGGAGAUCGAGGAGGACCGUGAGCGGACCGUCUUGCGGAAGAAGACCCAGGAAGAAGCCGCAGAGGCGCAUCGUCUCCAGGCUGCUCGACGGGCAGCAGAGCGUUGGCGCCGGGAGAGGGAAGCCAUGGAAAAGGUGAAAGCUGAGAGGGAGGAAGAAGUACAACAGGCUCGGGAGCGCCAGAAGUGGUACAGAAACCCGAAACAGAUCGCUAGGCUCAUUUCAGAGGCACAUGAUUCUCAAGCCCAAGCGGAGGAGCGGAGAAGGGCCGCUCGUGAGGAAGAGUCCUACCUCCGUCACGAGCGCGAGCGCGCACGGCGGCAUGUGGAUGGUGAGUUGGAGGAACGACCUUUUGGGGCUCGACGGCCUGGGUCCAAGACCGAGAUCUCUUUGGAUGAUGAGAACUUCCUGGCGAAAACCGUGCAGGCAUUGACAGAUGAAGAUUGGAAGGUGAACAUCAAGUUCAGCUGAGCUGUUUUGGAAUUGACUUAGGUUGCCAUGCUGUAGAUAGCCGAUAGCCUUUUUGCGACCAACCCAUGGACGCCUUGCAA